ACUGCAUGCAACAGAGGCGGAGCAUUUCCAACGAGAUAUACAGAGACAAAAUACUGUAUAUGAUCAUAACGUGAGGAGAAGAGGAACAGAAACACAUCACGGAGGAGAAAAACAGAGACAUUUACUUUUCUACAAGUAUAUUUGUUACAAACACGGAGGAAGAAAGAACGUUUUCCCAGUAGGAUUUUAUUAAUGUCUAUGUUGUGGUGAAAGAGCUUUUCUCAGAAAUGGAUCUGAAAUGGAUUACAGUCUUGCUGUUCUCAGCUGUCUGUGGUGUUUCUGCAUCUGUUCCUUAUCAAUAUCUCUUUGUGAAUGAGAAUAAAACCUGGACUGAAGCUCAGAGUUACUGCAGACAGAUGAACACUGAACUGGCCACCAUCAACAACAUGGAGGAGAUGGAGAACUUGAAUGCUACUCUGAAAGACAAAGCUAGAAGCCUUGUUUGGAUUGGUCUGGAAAAGGGGGACACCUGGAAAUGGCAGUGGUCUCUGGCAGCGGGAAACUUCAACAGUGAGGGAGAUGCUUACCGAAACUGGAGCCAAGGAGAGCCAAACAAUAAUGGUGGGAAGGAGUUCUGUGUCGCAAUGAAGAAUCGUGAUGGAACCUGGAUCGAUGAUAACUGUGAUACACCACGCACAUUUAUGUGUUAUGAUGCAGAAAAGACAACCACUGACAGAUACAUAUUGAUUAAAAGCAGUGUGACCUGGCGUAAAGCUCAGAGCUACUGCAGAGAACAUUACAAAGAUCUGGCCAGUGUGAGGAACCAGACUGAGAACCAGCAGAUCUACACAGCAGGAAAAGCGUUAGAGAAUUAUUUGUUUUGGAUCGGCCUAUUCAGCGAUUCCUGGAAGUGGUCAGAUCAGAGCACCUCCUCAUUCAGAUAUUGGGCAUCUGACCAGCCAGAUAAUGGAAAUGAGAACUGUGCUGCAGUGUCCAUGACUACACAAGAUGCCAUGGGUCGCUGGUAUGAUGUGAACUGUGCAGAAAAGAUUCCAUUCAUCUGCCGUGAAUAUAAGCUGAUCUUGAUCAAUCAGAAUCUGACCUGGAGAGAAGCUCUGAGAUACUGCAGGGUGAAUCAUGUGGAUCUGGUCUCAGUUCACUCUGAGGAGAUCCAGCUCUGGGUGAAGGAGGUGGCACAGAAAGCCUCCACUGAACAUGUGUGGCUGGGUCUGCGUCACACCUGCACCCUCAGCUUCUGGUUCUGGGUGGAUGGAGAGUCUAUCUGCUACCAGAACUGGGCUCCAGGUAACGGGACAGGAGAAGAAGACUGCAGCCCUGUAGAGAGAACCGGAGUGGUGCAGUCUAGAGGAGGUCAGCAGUGGGUCAGCCUGCCUGAGAACCAGAAACUCAACUUCAUCUGCACCACCUAUGAAGACUGAAAGCAGGUUUGCUUCCUCUUCUUCAAAGAGCAUACCCAGCAUCAGAGGCUCUACAGUUUUUACUAGUUUUUUUGUGCUUCUUUACAUAAUAGAGGGUAAAAUGGGUCUUUCAACAUGAAAUAUAUUUACAUGUUAAAUAGAGUUUGGUGUGUUUGGUUUGCAGAAUUUUCCUUCCUCACUUAUUUUCUCCUUCAACUUAGUUACCAUUUUAAAUAUUUUGCAUGGUUAAUCUAAGCUUAUCAUGCUAAGAAUGAGAUUCAAG